CCUUCGCCAUGUGCGAGUAAUCCAUGUUUAAAUGGUCAAUGCUCCGUAAUUAAUAGAGGUACUACUUAUGCCUGUGGCUGUUGGCCAGGUUAUACCGGCAAAAAUUGUGAGAGUACAGCUUUAGCGUGUGCCUCUAGUCCCUGCCAGAAUGGUGGAAAUUGUACAAACGAUUUGACUAGCUACAAUUGCUCAUGUCCUUCAAAUUAUUUUGGCCAGAACUGUGAUCAGUUGCCUGCUUGUUCCUCAAAUCCUUGCAUAACUGGCUUUUGUGUUAAUUUUAACAACAAUACUUAUCAAUGCCAGUGUAGUUCCAAAUUUACUGGCCAACGUUGUGAAUCUGGUAAAUUUAUCCCGUGCCUUGCUUGCAAUUCUAAUCCUUGCUUAAAUGGUGCUUCCUGCGUGAUCAAUGAUGUUGGUGAUUAUCAAUGCGGAUGCAUGAACGGUUUCACCGGCAAGAAUUGUGAAACACCUUCGGUGCCUUGUUACUCUAAUCCAUGCGCUUAUGGUACUUGUAAGAAUUUAUUAAACGCAUAUUUAUGCGAAUGCACACCGGGCUACACUGGUAUAAAUUGCGCUGAAGAUAUCAAUGAAUGCCUACCAAAUCUUUGCGUCCAUGGAAGCUGUAACAAUCUAGUUAACAUGUUUAACUGCUCUUGUACAAAUGGAUGGAAAGGAAGACUUUGCAAUAAUUCCAUUGGAUGUACAUCCAAUCCUUGCUUAAAUGGACAGUGUACAGAUAUGACAGAUGGCUAUACAUGUAACUGUACAGUUGGUUUCACUGGCAUUCAGUGUGAAACCGUUUCAUCGGGAUGUGACUCUAACCCAUGUAUCCGUGGAUUUUGCUUGAACGAUAAUACCAUUGGAUAUAGGUGUAUUUGCCCUUCGGGAUAUACUGGCAAGCAAUGUAAUACAGACAUUGAUGAAUGCAAAGUUGGUGGUUUCUGUUCUCCUGAUGCUGUAUGUACCAAUUUGAUGGGCUCUUAUUCUUGCACCUGUAAAGAUGGCUUUAUUGGAAAUGGAACAUAUUGCAGAGAUAUUAACAUCUGUGGCAGUAAUUCUUCGCUUUGCCAUCAGCUUUGCUUGAAUGGAGAUGGCGGCUAUCGAUGCGAUUGUGAAAUUGGUUAUACGUUACAGAAAGAUAAUCGUACUUGCAAAGGUAGGUUAUGCUUUCGAGCAUUAAUUAUUUCGUCGGCUAGAUGUUGUAACCCAUGA